AUGUCGGAGGAUAAGAGGCCACGUUUUCUGCAGCAGACGACAUCGCAGCUGCUGCACCAGCAGGAGGCGCUGCGCAAGCGCCGAGAGAUGUUAGAGCGCGAGAGUACCAAACCCCCGGCGAUGCGGUUCGGCACAAACACGCCUCCACGCAAUGCGGCGCGCCACGGGCGGUCGCCUCUAUUGUCGUCGUCGGCAAGUGAGCGGCAGACUUCGCACUCCACGCCGCCGCCAAGCAGUGGUGCUCGCCGCGAGUUGAACUGGAGCCGCCCAGAGGACGAGAAGACUGCAGAGCGCGCACCAAUGCGAUUUUCCAUGCUGUUUCGCCCUUCGCCGACUCCGGCGGUGCUGGCACGCCCGCGCUCCGCCACUGGCCUCCAUACACCGUCUUCGCCUAGCCUACGAGAGGUGAACACGUCAGAUCAAGUGGAUGCAAGGGUGACCAAGUUUUGCAAGGAGUCUUCCUCACCGCGUACAGUGUCGCCCCACUCACCAGUACAGCAGCGGGGUCGUGUGGAGUGCGACCGUUCUCCCAGCGAGAACACCACACCCAGGACGGAUGCCCCUGUGCAUCUACUGCGGUGCAGUUUUCCGAGGCCUGUGCAGGUCAUUGCCGAUGAAGCAGCCCAAGUCGAGGUUGUUUGUACGGCAAGGGGCGGCGCGACACCGGCACGUGCAACAGUCGAGCUUCACGCCAGUACGCCACCACCCGACUCUCGGGUGACUUGCGCGGAGGAACAGGACAAGGUGACCGGUACUGCGGCCUUCUCAAACACGUUCCCGGUGCCACGCUUCACUCCUAUUUCGCCUGUCGUUGCUGCGACGGCAAAGCGGGCUCAGCAGAUGCACGAGGAAGAGCAGAACACGCCCAUCCGUCUCGCCGCUGGGGAGUUCCGCACACCGCGUCCUUUGGCGCGCCUCUCUACUGCCGUCACACCCACCGUUGACUACCCUGCACCCGUGCAGGGAGAGGAUGAUGGUGAGCAUGGAACUUCAUCGUUGGAUACGAGGGCGGGCACUGCGUCCGCAGUGUUCCCACCCCUGGCCCUACUGCCACAGGUACUUGGCGCCGCUGAGGCCUCCGUCGACAUGCAGGAAUUUGCACAACCAAGCCGGUCUACCGAUGAAGCGCCCACGCACACCGAGCACGGCACUGUACCAACAGAAAUGGCGUACCCGAUUGGCAGCACUGAAAUAGGAGCACCGCAGGAGGCAACCUCUCUCUCUUUCACCGUUGCCAGCGCACUGCCGCGUCGACAGACCCUGUCGCCGCCGCGUCGUAACAACGCGAGCCCAGUACCCACGACGCAAGACCUCAUUCACAGCAUGCAGGUCUCGGCAGAGAAGCAGCCCCACUCCCGCGAUCGUCCUACGCCAUCACCUGUGAAGUGGCACUCCUGCCGUGCCACUGCCACGCCGUCGCGCACGACCUCGCCGCUGCCGACACCAGUGCCGCCCUCGGAUAGACUCAUGACAGAGUUUGGUUCCCUCACGGAGAAGUGCUGCGAUCGCCCGACGCCUGUGUCGCUCUCCUCGCAGCCUGCUGGCGGCGACGCACGCAACGCCACCGCUGGCACCUCCUCUGCUUCCCCGUGGCCUACCACAGAGAACAUCAUUAGCAGUAUCAUGGCAGGUACUAGUGAAGGGCAGCGCCGCGGCAGAGAGGUGAGCGCCGCAGCUACUCCCCACACAGUGCCACGGGAAGACGACGGCGUCGUCUCGGGGGAGUUCUCGAACGAGGAGGUGGAUGUCCCGUGCACAGACUCGCCCAACAUGGAAGCGCCAGAGAAGUUUGACGUGAAUACCCACAACGAGGGUGAGGAGUUUGGCAGAGACGACACUCUGUACACCACACUCCAGACCACCGCUACCGCGCACACACCGUCGCCAGUCCCGUCGGACCGGCAGUACGGCCAGAGCAUUCUGGCCUCCACCACGAAGCGGCGUUGCGGGCGACCCACCCCAUCGGAGCGCCACGUCUCCGUCGCAGCGAGUGAGGAUUCCAACGGGCGUGUGGCUCACACCACAAGCGCAUCUCCGCAGCCGUCUGCCAACCACCUCCUCCUCAGCCUAGACGUGUCGAUUGAGAAGAGCUGCCAGCGCUGUAAGCCAGCAGAACGAGCCACAGAAGCGGAAGGGAGUAGCAGCGGUGAUGAAGCGACUAGAAAGACUCCAGGGCACCUAACAGCGAUUCGCACCCCCUCCCCAACACCCACCCCAGAGCACGUCAUUGCUAGCCUGCAGGCCUCCGCAGAAAAGCGGACGCGCUCCGGCGCCAUUGAUACCUCUAGGGAGCCCAAGGACUUCUCUGCCGCAACCAUGACGAGCGCCAGCUGCGGUUCCUACCAGUCACCAACGCUCACGCCGCAGAAUGUGAAAGACAGCAUGCAGAAACUGAUGAGGGAGCAGCAGCAGAUGGCCCGCUCCGACGCCCCGCCUCCGAUCCGGCCAUGGACAGAAGGGGCGUCCAAGGAUACCGCGAACGGUGCGAGCUGUGGAGGCACGUGGAACGCCUCGGCGUCACCGGUGGUCACGGCAGAGGAUGUAGACACGGCGCUGGCGACCCUCGAGCGCGAGCAGCGCUACCAUUCCCGUUCUUCCCGCGCGCCGCGCGUGUCUGGUAUCUCGUCAGAGGAGGAAAACACCGCACUGCCACGCGAGAGCGUCGUCUUUGCUGUGAAGGCGGCAGAAGCGGUCCACAUGAAAGCCAUCCACGAUACUCAUGUAUCCUCUCCUCAAGGGACAGUAUCACCGUCUGUAGUCUCUCCAGUACCUUCAGAACUCGCCGUAGCCUCGGCGAUGUUCUUCGAUUGCGUGAGCGCCCCUCCAACGCCGGCUCUGGAGAGUCUAGUGGCAGCAAAAAGGGCUACUGGAAGCCCAGAGCUGCCCAUCCCCGAGCUCGAGUCCGCGCAUGUGCCUCCACAGUUCUACAAUCUGCAGCGUGAGGUGGCCGCCAUCGCGGAAGGGCGCAGUCGAACUUGCACGCCGCCGCCGCCACUACAAGUGAGUGAGCUGCGGUCCCCACUACCUGUUCCAGCGACGUCGUUGGAGGAAGGGGACACAACAUCUGCUGAUGUCUCACUCGAGCAGAGGGACGUUGCUGUCAGCGCAUCGCUUCAUGAGCAGCAGGACCCGAUAAGUAGCUACACCGCUGCAGUGGAGAGAGACCCCGAGGAUGAGGAAAUGGCUCGU